CAGAGCUACCCCGCGUUUCAACCGCGGCUAACGGUCUACUUCCGCGUCCAGCCGCCAGCCAUCACGUCCUUAGAGCUUCCUCUUCUUGCAAGAUGGCUGGCUUUUCCAAGUCGUUCGUUCCCCUGCGUUCUGCAGAACAAUGCAGCGCACAGUAAUAUCUCGUUCACUAUGGCGCGUUCCUUUCUGCCCCAUCUCACUGCGCGGCCUUUCGACGCAGGCGUUCAGUGUUGGCCCCACGAAGCCCCCUUUACUUGAGCAGACAGUUCCUGAGCAUUUUGCUGGUGUUGUCCGACAAUAUGGGGACGUGAAUGCUGUCAUAUCCCACCAUCAACGCAAACGAUUGACGUACGACGCUCUUGAUCGGGACUCCAAUGCAUUGGCACGGGGCCUUCAGAAACUGGGCGUGAAGAAGGGAGACCGUGUUGCUGUCUCCCUUGGGAAUAACAUCGAGUAUGCGACUGCCACAUACGCACUUUUUAAGCUUGGCGCUAUACUGGUGCCCCUGAAUCCUGCAUUCAAUGCACCCCAGGUCCUAUCGGCUCUUAACCACCUAACUGCUUCCCACUUGAUAAUUGGUGCGGAGACGAAUCUGCCACGCAAAGCACCACGUUCCAACAUUCCGCUACUGUCACAUCUGGUACCCGACCUUGAAGGCUCGAAGCUCGAAUCGGAGCUUGUCCCGUCACUUCAGAAGAUCAUAUUAGUAAACAAUUCCGACGGACGAGUAGCAACAGAGGCGUACAGAAGCACUACACAGUAUGAAAAGGUGCUUGAGGAUGGAGGAGCCGGCCAGGCGCUUCCCGACCAACGACUAGACCCUCACAACAUUGUCAACAUCCAAUUCACCUCCGGCACGACAUCCAUGCCGAAAGCCGCCUGCCUGUCGCACCGCUCUAUACUGAAUAAUGGCAACAGCAUCGGAGACAGGAUGCUGCUUACGCCAAACGAUGUCGUGUGUUGUCCACCUCCGUUGUUCCAUUGCUUCGGUUGUAUCCUAGGAUACAUGGCCACAGCCACUCACGGCUCGACAAUCGUCUUUCCAAGUGAAGCCUUCAAUGCUUUGGCUACCCUGGAGUCAGUCCGAGAUUACAACUGCACAGCGUUGUACGGAGUGCCCACAAUGUUUGUAGAAGAGUUGGAACUCCUUGCUAGCGGCCGCAUAUCAACGGAAGGCCUAAAACAUCUGCGCACCGGGAUAGCAGCGGGGUCGUCAAUCCCGGCAGAGCUUAUGCGGAAGCUGCACAAGAUCAUGAACCUUACAGAGUUGACCAUUUGCUACGGUAUGACGGAGACGUCGCCAGUAAGUCUGAUGACCACUACGGAUGACCCCAUCGACAAGAGGAUCGAUAGCGUAGGAAGACUGCUCCCCCACGUGAAAGCCAAGGUAGUUAAUCCGGCCGACCGGUCACAAACACUUGAAGUCGGUCAACGAGGUGAAUUGGCAGUAUCAGGGUACCUUCUAAUGAAGGGAUACUGGAACGACGAGGCUCGGACUCGCGAAGUCCUUGUGCCGGACCAAAAUGGCGAGAUGUGGAUGCACACCGGAGACGAGGCAUCUAUGGACGCAGAGGGUUAUGUCAAGAUCACCGGACGUAUAAAAGAUCUUAUCAUCCGAGGUGGUGAGAAUAUCCACCCUCUCGAGGUGGAGAAUUGCCUCUUUGCGCAUCCCAAGGUUCAAGAGGUGAGCGUUGUGGGGCUUCCGGACGAGCGGUAUGGCGAGUGUGUGGCUGCAUUUGUGAUACCCCAUGAGAAACUGGAUGAGAAGCUCACGGCGGACGAGGUUCGAGGAUGGGUGAAGACCAGGCUGAGUCAUCAUUUGGUGCCCAAGUAUGUCUUUUGGGUUGACAAUUAUCCGAAGACAGCCAGUGGGAAGAUCCAGAAGUUUAAGCUGAAGGAGCAAGGGAUGGAGAUGUUGCAGCAAGGGAAGGGACUGCAAUAACAGAGGUAUGAAUGAAUGAAGUUUUACAUGAUUUGCAUUGCUUUACUGGUAUCAUAGUGGCGUUCUAGUGUGCGUUUUCGAUCCAAACACUUCCUCUACUAAGCGUACUGACGGGUAUGCCGUAUGCCGUACAUGCUCGCCUGCCCGUGCCCCCAAUAGCUGCCGGUAGGUGCACUUGCUCUCCCACCAGGAUCCCUUCAUUACUGCAACACCAUUUGCGUCCCAAUGCAAGCAUGCUGGUAUUGUACGC